UCUCAAUCUGCUUGUAUGAAUGAGCAUCGGUUUCGGACGUGCGCGAUGAGAAUUCUGCUUGUUGCGUUUAUUUCAUUGGCAGAAGCGUUCCUGUAUCCAAGCAGCAAUCAGCUGAUCUUCAGAAGUGCGGAUCCUGCUGAAUUUUCUCGACUCGAGAGUUCCAAGGCAGCACAUCCUGCACACUGCGAUGUCGGAUGGGCUUAUUAUGAUGAGACAGAUUCCUGUUAUAAGAAUUUCUUUGGGUUGAAUUUUGACGAUGCCGAAAGAUUAUGUAGAACCGUUGGUGGACAUCUAACUUCAAUCCACACCUCAACAGAAAACUCUUUUGUUGGCGAACUGGCAAAAUCGGGUAUAGCACCUGAAAAAUGUUGUGAACUUGCAACUUGGAUAGGUCUGACACGGCCUGAUAUUCCAAACAGUAACUGGACCUGGACUGAUGGCACGGAGGUGGACUUUCUGGCUUGGGCACCAAAACAACCGGAUGAUUUUAGAGGAGUAGAACGCUGCACCGUGCUCAACUCUGAUGCUCAUGCAAACCUGACCAUGGCUCUAUUCUUUCGAAAAUGGGAGGACGCUGAGUGCAGUCUCACCGUAAGAUCGUUCGUAUGCAAAAAAUCGGCUUUGCACUAACUACAAAAUAAAGCUCAUUUGCCAAUUGUGAUCAUCUU